UUUAGUCGGUAAAAUGCCAUCAAAACUUCUUCAAUAUAUUCUUCUAUUUACUCUCAUUAUCUCCUUAAUCAGUCUCAUAGAGGGAUGUGGUUUUCCAAGUGGUGGGGGAGGAGGUGGUGGAUGUAGCUGUGGCGGUGGAGGAGGCGGGUGCGGGGGCGGCGGGGGUGGUUGUGGAGGGGGAGGUGGAUGUUGUGGACGUAAGAAGCGUGAGGCAGCUGUCCAGCCUCACUACAAGACAGAUGACACACCAUGCCCACAAGCUGCAUGGAAACAAGUUAUAGAAGAGGUAGAAAUUUAG